UUGGCAUCGGAUUUGCAAACAGGAAAGACCCCAAUUGCUAAAGAACUCCUUCGCUUCGUUCACAUCAUCACUGGAGUAGCAGUAGUCUUGGGUGUCGCGUUUUCCAUCGCCUCUUUUGUCUUGGGCUAUAGCUUACUUGAGACAGCCAUCUUUUUAGCUGGAGUUAUCGUCGCUAUGUGUCCUGAGGGUCUUCUUCCAACUGUAACGGUGAGUUUAACGUUGACGGCAAAGCGAAUGGCAGCCAAGAACUGCUUAGUAAAACAUCUGGAAGCUGUGGAAACUUUGGGAUCAACAUCAACAAUUUGCUGCGAUAAGACUGGUACUCUUACUCAGAAUCGAAUGGCUGUUUCUCACAUGUGGUUUGACAACCAUAUCGUUAAAAUCGACACAACUGGGGACCAUGCUGAACAGAAAUUUAACAAGGCCAGUCCUGGCUGGCACGCCCUUUCUCGAGUUGCUGCUCUGUGCAGCCGAGCCGUCUUCAAAGGCGGGCAGAACGAUGUUCCCGUCCUCAAGAGAGAAGUGACAGGAGAUGCUUCAGAGGCCGCGCUCCUGAAAUGUGUCGAGGUGAUCGUAGGAGACACCAUGGGCUACAGACAGAAACACAAGAAGAUCUGUGAAAUUCCCUUCAACUCUACCAAUAAGUACCAGAUGGCCUUCAAUACUGCCUACACCGACCUGGGCGAGCGUGGAGAGCGCGUUCUCGGGUUCUGCGACUGCAAACUCCCUCUGGAACUGUUCCCGCCAGGCUUUAAAUUCGAUGCAGCCAAGCAGAACUUCCCUCUGAACGGACUUCGAUUUGUCGGUCUCAUGUCCAUGAUCGAUCCUCCUAGAAGCGCAGUUCCUGAUGCAUUGGCCAAGUGUCGAUCGGCCGGGAUCAAGGUCAUCAUGGUCACUGGUGAUCAUCCCAUCACGGCCAAGGCCAUUGCCAGAUCUGUUGGAAUCAUCUCGGAGGGCAGUGAAACCGUUGAAGAUAUCGCCAAUCGUCUGAACAUUGAAGUGAAAGAUGUAGAUCCUUCCCAUGCUCGGGCAGCCGUCGUCCGUGGCUCCGAACUCAGGGAAAUGUCACCACCCAUGCUUGAUGAUCUCUUAAGGAACCAUUCUGAAAUCGUGUUCGCCCGCACCUCGCCCCAGCAAAAGUUGAUCAUCGUUGAAGGCUGCCAACGUCUGGGUGCCAUUGUGGCUGUGACUGGCGACGGAGUUAACGAUUCCCCCGCCCUCAAGAAAGCUGACAUCGGAAUUGCAAUGGGUAUUGCUGGUUCGGACGUAUCAAAACAAGCAGCUGACAUGAUUCUACUGGAUGACAAUUUCGCCUCCAUCGUGACCGGAGUGGAAGAAGGUCGGGUGAUCUUCGACAACAUAAAGAAGACGGUUGCAUAUACCCUCACUAAAAAUAUGACCGAGCUUGCACCGCUCGUGCUCUUCAUCGUGGCUUCCAUACCAAUGGCUCUUGGGACUAUCACCAUCCUUUGCAUUGAUUUAGGCACUGACUUGCUUCCAGCGGUCGCACUUGCCUAUGAAAAAGCUGAGUCAGACAUCAUGAAACGUCAGCCCAGGAAUCCCUUCACGGAGAAAUUGGUGACUUCUAGCUUGGUGUGCAUGUCAUAUUUUCACAUUGGGGCAUUGCAAAUAGCAGGAGGAUUCCUCUCAUAUUUUACUAUCAUGGCACAAAGCGGAUUUUGGCCUCUCAAGCUAUUCGGCCUCCGUUCCUAUUGGGAUUCCAAGGCCAUCAACGACCUCGAGGACUCAUACGGCCAAGAAUGGACUUACAAUGACCGGAAGAUCCUGGAAUACACAUGUUGGACUGGCUUCUUCGUCGCGAUUGUGAUCGUUCAAUGGGCUAAUCUGAUCAUCUUGAAGACACGACGUAAUUCGUUAUCCCAGCAGGGAAUGACGAACUGGGUCAUGAACUUCUCUCUCGUAUUCGAGACGCUAUUGGCUGCUGUGUUUUGCUACACUCCUGGUAUGGACAAGGCUAUUAAUAUGUAUCCUCUCAAACUCGUGUGGUGGCUGCCUGCCCUUCCAUACUUCUUUCUAAUAGUAGCUUAUGACGAAUGUCGAAAGUUCCUGCUGCGCCGCAAUCCAGGUGGAUGGAUAGAGAGAGAAACCUACUAC